UAUUUUCAGGCUGGAGCUAGGAGGUGGCUGAAGGACACAAACUGCAAACUGAGCAUUUUUGUUGAUCCAGAACGUCAUCUCUACAACGCCCUUGGUCUAAGGCGAUCAGUGGCAAAAAGUUGGAGUAUACCUGCCCUUGUUUACUAUGCAGAGCAAAAACGAGCUGGGAGAAAACUUGCAGCCAUGUUUGAGGAGGAUGAUCCUAAUCAGAUGGGAGGAGAUUUUAUUUUAGAUGAGCAGGGAAGAAUGGCAUUAAUUCAUCGCAGUAAAAUUUCAACUGACAGACCCCCAGUUGAAGAACUCUUGAGUUGUGUCAAGGACCUGAAUAGAGCAAAAGCAAACUUGUAA